AUGCCCGUGCAGCUCUCCACGGACGACGAUGUUGAUAUUCCGUCACCCUCUAUUCGCAACCUCUCCCUGUCUCCUUUGUUGUACUUAGUCAAAGCAUUCCUUUCUCUCACUCCUCCGCGCUGGAAACCAGCCAUAUAUGAUGCUAUUAUCGGAAAUCGUUACAUGUGCACCCCCAUGUACCAUGACAUUUUCCGUCUCCCCUUUGGACUCGUUUUGAAGGUUGUAAAAAAACACAGUUACGUCGAAGCAGAUGCUCUGCGUUUCGUCAGCACCUUGCGAGAUAUCCACGUUCCUCGUUACAUCGACAGCGUAUCGAGCCAGUACAAAAGCUAUCUCCUCACUACUUGGGUAGAAGGUGACUGCCCGGGUGACGUAUGGGAUGAUCUGACCGCAUCUGAUAAGGAAAGGUUAGCGCACGAUUUGCGCCACCAACUAGGUUCGAUGAGACUUCAGACCCGGUCUUACGAAUUUCGUGCCAUCUGCAACGCUUCAGGCGGUCCCGUUGACGAUCCACGGAUUCCGUGGGUGGCUCGGGAGAAUCUCCAAACGAUUCCAUCCUCUCAAGACUUCGCUGCGGAGGUUUGGACUGGACUGGAUUGGCCGAUGAAUCGCGACACGUUGCAACCCUUACUACGACCUCUCAUCGACCGCGACGGAGUUCCUGUCGUAUUUAGUCAUGGGGAUCUUCUUCCAAAGAAUUUGAUUUUUCCGGGUGGCCUCAAUCAUUGGCGAUCGGGCGGAGAGAAAAUUUGCAUCAUCGAUUGGGAGUACGCUGGGUGGAUGCCAAUUUUCUGGGAUGCAUUAAAGGCAACGUGGUUGGAGUGCGAACCUGAUACAGAGUGGUUGCAAAUGAUGCGGAUGAUUUUCCCUGAUUGCAUUGAGGAAUUGGAUGCUGAUUGGCAGUGGCGAAGUCGUUCGGGAGUUACGAUCCUUUAG